CAAAAAAAAAGUAGAAAAAAGAUAAUAAAAUAUUCAAUGAAUUCAGUUGAGAAUUUAGAUUCAAAACUGUUCUCUGAAUUCUCAAGCUGACCCAAAAGCCUUAUCUUUUCCAAAAAAAACCAUAUUGUAAUGCUUAAAACUGUUGAACCAUAUACUAUAAUAAUAAAUACCCUUUCCUCCUACCUUUUUUUCUUGAAUAAUAAAUGAUGAAAUGCCUAUAUAUAUUAUACAAAUUCAUCACAUAAUUGUUCAAGUACCAAUAUUUGUUUUAUUGCAAAAGUUUGUACUUUUUAUUCUUUCUAUCUAUAUAAGUUUCUCUUCAACAAACACACACUACAUCAUCAUCAGUACUAGUCUUCCAUGGCAUAUUAAGAAAACAGUCAAUGCUACUAAGUAAGUUGAUUCAAUCAAACAAGGAUUUAUGUGUUAAGGUUUUGGAAGCAGCUGGAUCUAGAAUUGGAAAAGAAGGAUCAUUUUGGAUUAAAAAUUUCAAUUAGGUCUCUAUUGGAGAUUGUUGUCAAGUAGUCAUUAUACACAUGGAUUGUCUUAGUUGGGAUGAUGAUUCACAAUUUGUUGCCAACAUACCAAUCUUGUGGAACACUCAACCACAAGACUUUGCAAGAGACUAUUCAAUGUGCAACCCAAGUUCAAGUGUUUUUAACAAUCAGAUGCAAGAAAUGCAGAAGGUUGAAUCAGGAGCUGGAAAUAGUUGGGAAGAAACUUUAAUAUUCCAAUCAUACCCUUCACUUUCAGUCAAUAUCCAUCCACCUAACAAUUAUGUGCCACUGCCUGAUUUCAACAUGGCCCACCAACCAAUCAGCAAGAGUACUACUACAUGCUCACUUGAAUCAUCUCUUGAUUGUUUGCUUUCAGCUACUACUAACAGUAACACUGACACUAAUUCUGUUCAAGAUGAUGGAAUUUCCAUGAUUUUUUCUGACUGCAAAAACAGAAACUUAUGGAACUUUAGUGCAGUUUCCUCUGCUGAAUCUGAGAGUACUAAUGCUAGAAACAAAGACAUGCAGUAUGGAUUCAAGGAACUAGAUCAGGAAACAGUAUCUCCAGCUUCCUCAGAUCAAGGUAAAAUCAUUGAUAAUUCCAAGGUUCAUUCCACAAAAAGGACUAAUAUUGAUCAAUAUGAUCCUUGCUUCAGCAUUACUGCUCAGAAUUCUUCUUCUUCUACUGAAUUUGGUUUCAAGCUUAUCUCAGAGAAACCACCAAAGUCAAAGAAACCAAGAUGGGAUAAUAAGUGUCCUGGUUCAUCAAAUAUCAAUUUCCAGCAACCAAAUUCAUCCUUUGAAGAGCCUGAUCCAGAGGCAAUAGCACAAAUGAAGGAAAUGAUAUAUAGAGCUGCAGCAUUUAGGCCGGUGACGAAUUUGGGUUUGGAAGUGAUGGAAAAGCCUAAAAGGAAGAAUGUUAAGAUAUCAAAGGAUCCACAAACUGUGGCGGCUAGGCAAAGAAGGGAAAGAAUAAGUGAAAGGAUUAGAGUCUUGCAGAAGAUUGUUCCUGGUGGAACCAAGAUGGACACUGCAUCAAUGCUUGAUGAAGCUGCUAAUUACCUCAAGUUUCUUAGAGCACAAGUCAAAGAACUGGAGAAUAUAGGAAACAAGAUUGAUACAGUGAAUAAUUGUCCUCCUACAAACAUAGCCUUCUCCUUCAACCCAUCAAUUUCCAUGCAAAACCCUAAUGUCAACAUCCAAUAUUCCCAUGAUUGAAAUCAUUAUUAUCAGAAAUACUAGAAAAAGUUGAAAUAGCGACGGAAAUUCAGAGACAGAAAAAUGCAAAAUUCGUCUCUAUUUUCAUCACUAAGUGUUACAGACGCCAAGUAUCGUGACCAAUUUUAAUUUUUUGUCUCUAAAUUCCGUCGUUAUUUCAACUUUAUCUGGUAUAUGGAAAGAAAGAUGUAAAAAGGGUCAAAGAACCCAAUAACCUCUGACAUUUCAUCCAAGGAUAGUGAUUAACAUAUCCUAAUGUUCUCUAGUUAAGGUUUCAAUUUGUUCAUUGUCUAUGAUCAUGUAACUUUUAUCUUCAAUGAUAUUUGUUUGAAACUCAUCAAUAUGAGAAUGUUAAUUUUCUAGUUACUAUCGUAA